AUGAAGCAUGUGGUCCAGGUUACUGUGGAGAUGCAUGAGGUCACGAGUGGGAGUCGCUCGAACCUCCCCAGUCCCAUCCGAGCCCCUCGGGCAGCCAGGCCCCUGAAGAGGAGGCCGCCGAAGAAAACCAAUGAGCUGCCGCAUGCGAACAGACUCCCAGGGAUCUUUGAUGAUGUUCACGGUGCCGAUGGGCGGCACGUUUGCCGGCGGCAUGAGCUCUACGUCAGCUUCCAGGACCUCGGCUGGCUGGACUGGGUCAUUGCCCCCCAAGGCUACUCGGCCUAUUACUGUGAGGGGGAGUGUUCCUUCCCGCUGGACUCGUGCAUGAACGCCACCAACCACGCCAUCCUGCAGUCCCUGGUGCACCUGAUGAAGCCAGAUGCGGUCCCCAAGGCGUGCUGCGCCCCCACCAAGCUGAGCGCCACCUCCGUGCUCUACUACGACAGCAGCAACAACGUCAUCCUGCGCAAGCACCGCAACAUGGUGGUCAGGGCCUGCGGCUGCCACUGAGGCCCUGCCCCCGUCGCUGCUCCCCCGCCCCACCCCGGGUCAGGCCCCUCUCCAGAGGCAGGAAACCCUCCAACCCAGCCUGACCUCAGACGGGUUGGCCCUUGGAGAUCAACAUAUCUAUGCUCCUCUCUCCUUCCUGCCAGGGCUGGAUCUUCUCCAGGCCCCUCCUCCCCCUUCCCUGCCUGAGGUUUGUGACAGUCUUUUGGCCUCCAGGCCUGGUGGUCUGAGUCAUCAAGCAGGUUCUCUCCCAGCCUCCUCCUCCAGAAGCAUGUGCUGACCAACAUUUUGGGUUUGGAACAAAAGUCGCGUCUGAGGAUCUAUCCAUGUCCAUUGCUGGCCCAGGCUUGGGGUAAUAUGGACUGAACUGAGAGGCACCUAGGGCCCAAAAUGGCUCCCUCGGGCUCUUUGCUGUCCAUUCGAGGGCGUGGAUAUGUGUACACAGGGUCUGGUCCACCUUCGGUUGCCUGCCCCUCCCAGGCAUUUUCUGGGUACUUUUGUUGGAAUGUGAACUCGCCGUCGUUGUUGUGUCGUCGUGGAUCUGAAUUAUCAACCUGCUGGUAGGCAUGUGGGUCAACUCAAGAACGAGCUGAAUGAACAACAUGAUGUAGGGCCAAGGCCAAUGCAGCCGUCCCCCUCCAUCUUCCCCCCAUCUUCCUGCCUUGAUCUGCCUCUGCUGUCUGGGGGAGAGGUACAGGGCAUGGACAUUUGGCCAUUGUAGAAACAAAAAAUUUGGAAGGCUUCACUCGCCUAUCUGUCACCACGUUGAACCAUGAGGAGCUCAGCUCCAUGGAAAAGUUAUCUUUUUAUUGAGCCUAGCAUGGUGGAUACACUGGGUGGCCCAGGAUGACAGUGCUCAGCACAGAUGACAUCAUUUCCCUUUCCCUUUGGCAUGGCAAACAUUAAUCAUCCAUCUUGAUAUUUUUUCCUUCCAAAUCUGUAUAGAAUUUCAAAAUGAUCUGUAUUAGAACUCCAUGCCGCCACAGCCAAGAGAUCAGAGCUGACAUGUGAAGUGAAAACUGUUUGCCAUCUUCUGCCAUGCUAAGGAGCAAUCCACUUCACCCACAGUGGUGCCUCUGUGACCCCAGGCAGCCUGUGGCUGGGCCUAGGGCCUCCCAGCACCUGCUCGUGUCCAGAAGUUGUCAGAAACAGGCUGUCAUAAUCUGCAUCGCCCUGUGAGCCCGAGACAAGGUCCCUGUCCCAGGGGAGUGACAGGCAGUAAUCAGGCCGGCCCGGGGUGGGGAGGGUCCUGGAAACUGCCACAGGCCGCUGGAACGUUUGAUUUCUGACUCGCUAAGCCCGUAAGUUACCUGCUGGGGCAGACAGAGUCCCGCUGCCCAAACCCUGAAAUACUGUGUCGUUCAAAGCAGCUUGGGGACCCGACCCCCGUGUGCCCCAGGAUGCGCCCCUCAACAGUCACUCGGCACCCCGAGGAGGGGCCCCGGGACAGCAGGUGGGACAGUGGGUGUGGACGCUGGGGCCCUGCUGCAGGACAGCGGCGCCUCCGCAGGGACCGGGAAGGGACUCUGGAGCGAGCACGGAGGGAGAGACCCUCCCCGGGUACACGGAAGAUGGGCCCAGACUGUCUGCAAGGUGGAGAAUUCCCCAUUAGUGCAGGGAUCUGAACUCUGGCGUAGAUGUUAGGAGACCGGAUUUGUAGAUGGCUUCCCUGUCUGGGCCUCAUUUUCCAUCCAUACAUGAAGGCAAUGAGCUUUUCGGGUCUCCAAAGGGCCUCCUGCCAGGAAUCUUUUCUGCCAGCCCUUUUUCACACUGCGCCCAGAUCCAGCCUCGGCACCCCAAACUCGGUUGAGGUGGCAGUGACAGGUCAGAGUUGGUAUGUAACAGGGAACCUGUUUGCCAUUCUAGUCCUCUGACACUUCUGUCUUCCUAACAUCGAGGACUGUCUUUUGGGCAAAUAUAAAUUUAACAUUAGCCAGUUAUUUUAACAGUUUUUAACUUUACCUGGUACCUUUGGUGCCCAGCCAACAGCCUGGCACAAUUAGGGUGCACCAGGAAUGUCUGUCAAAUCAUUCCCAAGGCUUAUAGACUGGGAGCACACCUCACCUGUCAGGCUGAGCACGGCACGGAUGCCGGGAGGCCGUAACCUUCCUUUUGCAUGCCCGACACCUGAAAAAUAAGCCUUUGCCUGCCUACCUGGCUCAGACUUCAGCAACCUUUGCCAUCCACGCAGUCACUGAAUGAGAUCGCGUAGAAAAAGACCUGAGCAGUGAAACAAUUGUGAAUGGAUACAAGGCCCAUGCAUUUUAUCCCGUUUAUUGCAUGAUAUUGCACGCACUUGCUGCAUGCGUUGUAUUCCCAGUUACCAGUUUGCUGAGCCAAGCACCGCAGCUGCAGGGAGCAGCCCAGAUGCCACCGUUUCCCUUUCUCUCGCUCAGGGCAUGGCUUGUUUAUCUGGUUGCACGGGACCAGAAGGAUAAAUACGGGCAGCUGGUCAGACCCGACAGCGACCACGAGUCAGUGACUUGCCAGGAAGGGAGGGCAUGUGGGAAAGGGCUGAUGACAAAUGCACGGCAGUCAGCCUUGGUUUGGGCAGUGCGAGUCUGGCCUCAAGGCCAAGCAGCACAUUAGUGUUCGCGGUUUUCUAAGGUGGGAAAGUGACCCGUUCUGGAAAAAUCCCUAAGAAAUAGGAAAGCAGCAUAGCAAGAGGGAUUUUGAAGUCAAAUGGGUUUGAACCUUGGUUUUUCUUCUGUGGAGCAGGAUAUUGGUUCUUUCCUUCCAAGCUAUUACAAAGAUCAGAUAUGGACAUUCACAUGUAGGACAAUGUCUGCCAAAUAAACACUUAGCAACAGGUA